AUGGGAAGCGCGGCAACUACGUUUACACCAACCGCUACCCAGACCUUCGACGUCAUCGUCGUGGGAGGGGGCAACGCCGCCCUUGCAGCGGCACUCUCUGCCCACGACAGUGGUGCUCGUGUUCUUGUCCUAGAGGCCGCGCCCAAGGGAGAGCGCGCUGGCAACAGUCGCUUCGCAGGGACGGUUUUCCGGGCUCCGCACAAGGGCAUGGAACAUAUCAAGACCUUGCUUUGUGAGGAGGCCAUGGACGACACGAAGCUCUGCACCAUUGGUCCAUACACGGAGGAGAUGUGUUUCGAGGACCUAGCCAAGACCUCCCAUGGGCGGCUGGACAGGGACAUUGCUGAGGUGUUGGUCCAGCAGGGCUGGGAGACGUUGGAGUGGAUGAAGUCCAAGGGCCACAAGUGGGAGUUGAUGAUUCGGAAGUACCACAACGUCGAAAAUCUGGCGGCGAGAGGGGAGACGAUCAAUAUCUACGCCGGCGCUGCGGUCAUGGCCGUUGGCGGCGGCGUGGGUCUCACGGAUGCAUGGUGGGCAGCUGCUGAAAGCCUCGUGCCUGGCGGGAGAAUGACUCUAUGGUACGACAGUCCCGUCCACGACCUCAUCUGCACCGGAGACACAGUGCACGGAGUCAAGGUCCGACACCGCGAUGCGUUCACAGACGUCUAUGGCAAGGUGGUGCUCGCCAGCGGUGGUUUCUCGUCCAAUCCGGCCAUGCGUCGCCAAUACCUCGGCGAAGGAUGGGACUUGGUCCUCGUGCGUGGAACCAAGUACAAUAUGGGUACGAUGCUCAACCGUGCCAUUGCUGCGGGUGCUCGUCCGGUCGGUCAUUGGGGCGCCGCCCACGCCUCUCCCCAGGACGCCAACGGCCCUCUGACGGGCGACAUCGAUGUCUCUGUGCAUAUGCCGCGGUAUGCCUAUCCGUACGGCAUCACCGUCAAUAUCAAGGGCGAGCGAUUCUUCGACGAAGGGGAAGACGACUUUGGCAAGACGUACGCAAAGACUGGCAAGAAGAUUGCCGACCAGCCCGAGGCCCGGGCUUUCCAGAUCUUUGACCAGCAAACAAUUCACCUCUUACCAAAGCGAUACCAGACGGCAACGCCCAUCUACGCUGAGACCGUUCAGGAGCUCGCGCAGAAGACGGGCGUCAAUGUUGCGGGUCUGCUGAAAACUAUCAACACCUUCAAUGCUGCCUGCUCCGGUGAUGUUAGUAAAUUCAACCCCACGAAGCUGGAUGGGCUGAGAACGUCCUCGGAGGCGGAUUUGCCAUUUCCCAAGACCAAUUGGGCCACAAGGAUCGAGAAGGCUCCCUUUGUCGCAUACGCUGUGGCAUGCGGCAUCACCUUCACAUAUGGAGGGAUUGCCACAGACACCAAGGCCCGUGUGUUGAACAAUGAGGGACGACCGAUGCUGGGUCUAUGGGCCACAGGGGAGAUUGCUGGCGGCCUCUUCUACCACAACUAUCCGGGAGGUGCUGGGCUGACCAAGGGAGCUGUCUUUGGCCGGAUUGCUGGUCGUGAGGCCGCAGUCGCCGCCGCGAGAAGUUCUCAGGCCACCGAGUCAAAUGCUGCUUGA